CCCCCCCCUCCAAAACUUGCCUCCUCCUUGGCUUCUUCACUGGCCCUUUCACGCGCGCACACACACACACAAAAAAAAUAUAACAAUGUCGUUCUUGUUUUGAGUUUUUCUUGAUCUCAAAAAGUUGCUAUUUUUUUACCUGCAUUGUUUCGUUUUGGGUCGCCACACGAUUUAAUAGUAAAUGGGUUUUAUUGUUUGCUUCUGAGAAUGAGAAAUUUUGAUGGUACUGGAAUUUCUGCUAUGGAGUCUACGUUAUCAGGUCUCGUUCUCGAUCCCAACAAAUUUAGCCAAUUGAGUUUGGAUGAGAAAAGACAAUUAGUGUAUGAAAUUUCUCAAUGCUCAGAAGAUGCGCCAAAGAUCUUGAGUUCAUUGACCAGAAGAGAACUUCUAGAGAUUAUAUGUGCUGAGAUGGGCGAAGAGAGAAAGUACUCUGGCUACACAAAAUUCAAAAUGAUAGAUCAACUUCUAAAGCUGGUUUCUUGUAAGUCCAAUACAAAUAUUGGUUCUGCCUUCAAAAGGCAGCGAAAACAAGAAAAUCAAUGUGAAACUUUGGUUCAGAAUGGUGAAGCUAAGUGGGAGUUGGAAAGCAAAACCCAAUUCCUACUCUGUCAUAAUUUGGCAUGUAGAGCUACUCUUGAGAGAGAGGAUGUUUUCUGCAAAAGAUGUUCUUGCUGCAUUUGUCAUCAGUAUGAUGAUAAUAAAGACCCUAGUUUGUGGUUAACUUGUGAAUCCGAUUCUCCAGAUGAAUUUAAGCCAUGCGGAUUAUCAUGCCAUCUAAAAUGUGCACUUGAACACGAACAAUCCGGCAUUUUGAAGAAUUGCAUCAAUCAAAAACUAGAUGGAGAUUUCUAUUGUGUUUCUUGUGGAAAAGUUAAUGGGCUGAUGAGGUAUUUAACUCUUUCUUUGACCUGUAACAUUGUGUGUUUUUAUCUUGUUGUUGUUACUGCUUUUUUUACUUUUUCACUGCUGCAUAUCUUUUCUCAAUACUGUUGUGAUUAUGCAUGCUUGCUUUGAGCCGAGGGUUUACCGGAAACAGCCUCUAUACCUGCACAAGGUAGGGGUAAGGCUUCAUACUCUCUACCCUCCUCAUACUCCACUUGUGGGUGUUGAAUAUGUCAAAAGUUCAUCCCACAUCGGUGGGGGACUUCAUUUGGGGGAGAAUUUCUCCCUAUAAAAGGAGGCCUAAUGUUUAGGAUUUAAACACACCUCUCAUUUGCCUUAUCCUUUUAAGGUAUUUGUAUUUCUCUCUUUAGUAUUAUUUCACUUGU